AUGAGCGGCUUGAUCAGCUCUAUUGCCUGGAUCAGCCAAGGCAAGUCUGCUCGGCACCCGACAAAGUUCUCAGAGAGCGAUCCAGCACGACUGGGACAUGUUGGGGCACUGGCAAAGCAGAGAUACGACCUGGCGCUCGAGCAAUUUAAUGCCGCUUCAGAUCAGCAGAACGGCGGCAAGAGCGAGUUCGUCGUCCCCAAGAAUGGCGCAGACUCGGGCGCAGAUGAUGAGGGGGACUGGGAGGACGAGGAGGCGGACGAGGUGAUGGAGACAGACGUCGAGGCACCGAAAGAUCCCAAUGAUCUAUCCGAAUACAAGCUCGAUGAGUAUGAUGAGGAUGAGGAGCCAGCUGCAGAUGCUGGCAACACGCUGGGCGCCUUCAACAACAUCAAGAGCUUACAAUAUCAUCUCGACGACGCGGACGACCCUUACUUGGACCUGCCGCCAGACCAGGCUGCCGCAGAAGAAGAGGACGAGCGUGAGGAGCUGGAGAUUUUGCCUGGCGACAAUCUCAUCGUGACUGCAAAGACACAAGACGACCUGUCCCAGAUUGAUGUCUAUCUCUACGAUGACAGGCGGACGAGAGACCCAAGCUCAGAGGAUACGCGAGAGUCACUUUACGUUCAUCAUGAUCUGCUCCUGCCGUCCAUGCCGCUCUGUCUCGAAUGGCUUGACUUCUUACCACACUCGCCCUUCGGUACAAGUAACGUAGAGGCUGGCGCACAGCAGUCCGGCAGCUACAUUGCUAUUGGCACGUUCGACCCCGAGAUUGAGAUCUGGAAUAUGGACGUCCUCGAGGGUCUCUAUCCUGACCACAUUCUCGGCGCAUCACCAGAAGCAGCAACACCAGUCGCUGCCGAAAGUAUGGCAGUCGAUGCCCCGAACGGGGCUGCGAGCACAGCAAGCAAGACCAAAAAGAAGAAGAAAAAGUCGAAAUCUGUUGAGCCUGCGCCUGCACCGAUCAUCGAUGCAAAUUCAUACCAUACCGAUUCGAUCCUAUCGCUGUCUUGGAACAGAACACAUCGGCAGCUACUUGCAUCCUCAUCAGCAGACAUGACCGUCAAGCUAUGGGACCUCACUCGGCCAUCUGGCUCUCCCGCUCUGCGUGCGUUCAAUGACCUGCAUCAAGACAAAGUGCAAGCUGUGCAAUGGAAUCAGAGCGACCCCACUGUACUCUUGUCCGGAAGCUGGGACGGCAUCGUUCGCGUCUUCGAUUCUCGCGCACCUGGGCAAGGCGUGCAUGUGAAAGUAGAGAGCGAUGUCGAGUGUAUCCGAUGGAAUCCCUGGGACACCGCCCAAUUCCUCGUGUCGAUGGAGAACGGACUUGUCAAGGCAUUUGACUCGCGCACGCUAGUCUCGACAGCGAGCAUGGCGACAUCUACAAAGGCAUUAUGGACCUUGGCCGCACACGACAAGGCUGCUUCUGCCCUCGACAUCAACCCGCACAUACCAGGCAUGCUCGUGACAGGUGGUGUAGAUCAGCAGGUAAAGCUAUGGAACGUCGACGAGACCGGGACGACGCGUAAAGUCAGUCUGGUCGUCAGCAAAGAUCUAGGCGUCGGCAAGGUGUUUGCCGCUUCCUUUUCGCCUGACGAUCCUACCACGAUAGCCGCUGCAGGCUCUCAAGGCAACCUGCAAAUAUGGGAUUGUGCCGGUAAUCCUGGUGUGAGACGGACGUUUGGAGAUCGACUUCGCAAGCUUGGCAAAGCGCUAGACGAACAAAAAGAGAGGGUCAUUGGGGUAGUGGACGAUGACAACUCUGACGAUGAUGAUGAUUAG